GACGUCACUCGAGCUGUGGACCAGUAAGAGCGCGCGGCGCAGUAGAAUUGGGCGCGCGCAUGUCAGGAAGGGCGCAGUUUACUGUAGACGCUUCAGCUAUUGUACGGGCAAACUUCAUCUAUAGGAUCACUCAAGAUGGACGCGUGCGCACAGAUGUGUAAAUGUUUCCUGAUCUUGUUUAACAUUCUGUUCGCAUUGUUGGGUUUCGUGAUGGUCGGUCUGGGUCUCUGGUUGAGGUUCGGUGCUGAAACGAGAGGAUUUUUUGACAUUGAUCUGAACACUGCACAGUUUACUAUCGGUAUAAUUGUGUUGCUCGUCACUGGUGCAUUGAUGUUAGUGGUUGCUGUGGUUGGUAAUUGCGGAGCGUGUUGCGGGAGUAAAUCAGCUCUUGGUGUGUUCUCUUGUCUGGUGACUGUACUGGUGAUUAUUGAAAUAGCAGCAGGUGUGAUGGCCUUCAUCUGGAGUAAACAGGUCUCAAAGGAGUUGGCCAAUUUCUACAUCACAGUCUACACUCAGUAUCUGAACACCCAAGCUGAAGGUCAAGCUGUUACCCUCAGAUUCUUAAACCAUGCUUUUGACUGUUGUGGUGUUGGAGGAGCCAUUGAGGUGUUUAUACGAAACACGUGUCCUGACGGCAGCUUCUUACAGCAGAUCACAUACUCUAGUUGCCCCAGUGUGAUCGAGGGUAUGUUUCAGACGAAAGCUCCGCUGGUGUUGGGUGGUUUUCUUGGAACGGCUGGAAUCAUGCUGGUGGCGCUGGUGUGCAGUUGUAUUCUGAACAACAGUCUAAAGACGUCUCUGCCCAUCUACUGAGAGACAAACUUAUCUGUCUGAGUCUGUUGAAAGUAAACUGCUUAAUAUUGUUACAUUUGAUUAAAUUUUUUGAAUGUAUUGUUUGGUCUUUGAUUUCAACGGUUUCAACUUUUUUGUGUUUGUGUUACUUUUCACUAUAAAACAUUAAAGACACUUUCAAAAGCC